AUGAGAUCAGUAACCAGUGAAUGUUCAGCUGCUCACGCCAGUGUUUCAAGAAGAUCUGUGUAUGCAGUCGAUACUCCUGGAUUCACUUACUUAAACGCUGAGGAGUCAAUGACAGAGAUAGGUAGAAGUGUUUAUUUAUCCAGUCCUGGACCUCAUGCUUUUCUCAUAGUGUUUGCUCUGAAUAUGAGAUGCACUGGGAUGUGGCAGCUGAUUCCUGACGAUAUUGAGAGUUUGUUUGGCGAGAAGGUGUUAAAAUACUCCAUUAUUCUCUUCACUCACGGAGAUCUGCUGGAAGAAGAUCCCAUCGAGGAGCUCAUUGAGGAGAACUAUGUUGUAAGAUGUGCAGUACAGCAGUGUGGAGGCAGAUUUCACGUCUACAACAACAGAGAUGAGAAUAACAGAGAGCAGGUGAAUGAUCUUCUGCAGAAGAUUGACUCAAUGAUUGAGCAGAACGGAGGAGGACACUACAGUAAUCUGAUGUUUCAAGAUGCUCAGAUAUUCGGAUAUACUAUAAUUUGA